AAUAGUGGGAGAGACAGCAUUUCAGCUCAGGUUGAUUUUGAUAAGCUCUUAGAAAUACUAGUGCAAGAUGGCAACUGGAAAACAUUACAUGAAGACUACCAGAUGUUUGUAUUGCUGGAUGUUUGGUCUGAAUUAAAUGUUUUGGAGGGGAUUUUGGUCUUGGUGGCUUACAGAUCAGACCUGCAGUCCCAUUGGAGUGUUCCAGUGCAGCUUGGUACAGUGCACCAAUGCAUAAUCUAAAUGAAAAGUGUUUAUAGGCAGUAACCAAAUCUUCCUUUUUAAAAUGAAGAAGGCAGAAGUGUGCUCGAGUCCGGGGCUGUGGAAGCCUGAAGUUGGUGUUGGAGUAACGGGUCUCCUGAUGAAAGGAAGAAGGGAUUGGCAGAAGGGAAAAGAACGGAGGUGAAAAGCACAGUAAGGGGAGUAUGCUUGCUUUUAAGAACGUGAUUACUUCUGCAUAUGGAUGUGAUUCUAGCCUACUUUGGGUAAUUUAUUGUUGGGGUGAGGUGUUAUUAAAGGGGAUACACUUUUCUGCAUCUGUUCAAAUGCUACUCAGAGCAAUCUUAGAAGAAUGGCAAAGCUACAGCUUAAUGUAAUGACUGCAGAGCAGAAACGUUAAGUGGAGGAUUUGUUACAAAGGAGAUGGUUAUCUGGAGGACUCUUGGCUGCUUUUUACUCCUGACUUCAUCUGUCUUUCUUGGUUUUGGUUGUUUGGUAUUUAUCUGAUGUUUGGAGAGGAGGGGAAGAGGUGGUAGAUGGUCUCUAAAUAACGUUGGUAUUAUUUUCUUUUCUUAUUUAUAUAUAUAUAUAUAUAUAUAUAUAUAUAUGUAAAAGUUGUGAUUCUCCUUUCAGUGCUGAUGUUUUGCUGGCAGUGGUCUCUGUUUCAUUUCCUCUUUCCUUUCCCAUCCUCUAAUAGUUUCGUACAAAUGAUGACUUUUAUAGAUGAACCAACUUUUUUCCUUCCUUUUUUCUUUUCCUUUGUGACAGAAGAAUUAGUUUAGGAGGAAAAAAAAAUUAAACAUUCCAAGAAUUGAAAAAAUCCCUUAUUUUUGGAAUCUUUUGAAGUGGAAUUUUAGUAACUGAGUUCUGGUGUGUUCUAACUAUUGUAUUAAUUGUGUAGAAAAUAGUUGUUUUUUUUUUUUUCUAGAUAACUGACUUGCAGUGAAUUAUCUGGAAUAAACUGGAUGGAGGGGUGUGUGUGUGUGUGUCUGCAUCAAAGUCAUCUUCUCAUGCAGUGUCCAGAGGGCCCUGCUGUGACCUCAUGAAUUUGGGUGUAAUAAUAACUUUGGUGUAAUAAUAGUGAAAUGAAAGGCUGUAUUUUUAGUAACAGAAGAUGCCCAUCCAAGAUCCUGAAUGCUGCUAACGAUGUAAUGGAGGCAGCUUGCAAGCAGAAUUGGGACUGAUAAAUGGUGGCUUGAAGAGAAAAGCACAGACAUUCAGCUCUGGGAGAGAUCUCCUGUACUGUGUUUCCAGAAGACCAGGUUAUCUAUGUGUUCUGCAUCCCAAAUGAGACCUUAUGAGCUUUUCAGCCUGUUAAGCAUUUUCCAUUGAAUGUCAGUUCGCUCCUUCCCAUCUCUCUGCUAUGAUGGAGAUUUUUCCUGUCUGUUAUUUUCUAACUCUUUGAAACGAAGCUCCAUGUGUCAUUGUGAGUUGAUGGCACUGAAGGAGCAGUGUCCUCUACCACCACUGUGAAAGCUCUGUGUUUCCCUGGGCCCAACUUCAGCCUGCCUUUGGAACCCCACAAGGUUCCUGCUGCAUGUCAGGUGUGAUGUGAUGGCUGUAAUCAGUGCUGCUUGGGCAGCCAUUAGCGCAGGCUGGGAGGCUUUGCUGAGCCCAUCAUUGCUUUCCUCUCUGGUAUUCCAAGCAGGAAAAGAGCGUCCUCUUUAGCAUAUGCAUUAAAAUCUGAAAACUGCCUCAUCCACUGCUUAGAUGGCAUUGCAUACCACCUUGCUCCUUCUGUUAACCUGCCUUUUUUCCUUCCUUAUGGCAGCAGAUUGAGUCCUCCCAUUGUCCUUUCCAAGGCUGUGAAGAAUGCAGGAAGAUAAUGGUCUUUUCCUGUGCUUCCAUUUCUCAUUCCACUUGUUUUAUUGCUUCUAUUAUCUUUGUCUCACUCAUUUUUCUCUGCAUGUCCUGCAGUUCUUGGGUGGUUUGGGUCUGUUCUUGGAUAGUCAUUGAUAGUGUUGCUUGUCUGUUAAGCAAACAGCCAUUUUUGAAACAGUUAAUUGAAGGACAUUUGUUUUACACACGCUAUCACUGAAUAAUGCUCUCAGGAAAGGAAUAUACUUGAAAUCUUCUAUUGUAAGCUAGUGGUUCCUUAAAAGGUAAUUAACUUAUCUUGAGAAUAAAUUAAUGUGCUCUUUGGCAAAACUGAGUCAUUUUGAGACCUGGUCUAGAGUUACUGGUUGAGCUGAUAAUCCCCAGCUCUAUUGGGUCAAAUCUCUGCUGCUGUGUUGACUGCUGAUCCCUACAGUGGAUGGAGUUUUGAGCCGAGAUGUCUGGGUAUGGCUGCUAAGUCAGGAGGUAAUUAGUAGGACUGGGUGGCAAGGGGACAUUUCCUGUGCUUGAAAAGGGCCUGGUGUGGCUCUCAUUCCUAGAGGAAAUUUCUUCAUCUGGAAGUGGUUGUGAAUGAGGUGAAAACUUACUCUUUCUUCUUUUAAAAAUAACAGCAAUGUUAAUAUUUGUAUGCCAAAAAAAAAAGUGUUGUUAAUGAUGAUAUCCAAGAAAGUAAGAGACUUGCAGGCUGUACAUGGGCUAUUAGGGAUCCAUAAGAUAAUACUUUUGUUUUUUGUUUCCCGACUUGAUAUUUAUCCCUUCAAGUCUGUCCUGCCUUUCCUGGCUGUAAGGAAUUCUGAUAUCAGUACUGUUUACGAAAUGUCAUCUUAAAACCUCUGCCUGCACCACUUUCUGCUCAGCUCCUGCUUCAGAGGUGCCAGGCUGUUACUAAAGGCAUGUGAACUGGUAAGGCAUUAAGUGUUCAUGAGCAAAUAAACACCGGGGGGGGUGCCUUCUGAUUUCAGAAACUGCAUGCAUGGAGUGCAUUAAGUCAGCUGUUGUUCCUUUUUAAAAUGUAUUUAAUAUUGGUCCAUACCAGAAGAGCUAGUCAGUGUUUGAGGGUGGAGUGGCACACAGGCACUGCUAAGGCGCGCUCCUAAGGCUGUGUUCAGUGAACCUGUGUGUGUGCUUGGUAAGCAAGGCAAGUGGCAAAUCUUUCCUUGCCAUUUUUACAAAAAAAUAAGAGAAAAGUAUAUUGUAUUUAUUUUAUUAUGGUUUGAGCUAGGGGUAUGUUCUGGUUUAACAUUUUCUUUUCUCAUCUGUAUUAAAUUGCCUCCCCAAAGGUCUGCAGAAAGCUUUGACACACUGUGCUGGAAGUGUUUUCCAAAUAAUAGGAAAUCUCUAAAAUGUAGACCCUCUGUCUCCUUUGGGCCUUUCUCAAAGGGUAACGAAUGAUGUGCUGGCAUGCAGCAAUUCUAUUAGCACGCUGUCACAACUUUUAUUACCACCUGCCUGUCCAAGCCAUCUGGGAGGAAAGGACAUAAGAGAUAGAAGUGACAGUUACUCAUAGAAAAUUAAAUAGUCUUGUGUGUCUUAAGCUCAUGCAUUUGUCCAGCCUUUAGAGCACAGCUUUCUAAAACUUCUUUCGCGAAGAUGGAGGUAAUACUUCAAGACAUCUUAAAACCCAGUGGAAAUGCAGAAAGUAUCUGUAAAACUUCUGAUUUUUUUUUCUUCAGGAAGUUUCAAGAUCUCUCGACUUCUCCAGCUAUUUGACUGAUGGCUGUGGUCUUAGGGAGUUUGCUCCUUGGGCACCAUGGGGAUGCAGGGCUAUGUCUGCAUCCAGGAAAGUCCUCAGCAUCUCAGGGUGCUCCAGCAGCCGUGAUCAAUGUGCCAUCACAGCAUAGGAGCAAAUGACUCCUCAUUAAUCCCUGAUUUUUUGUGCCAGAAUUGAGGUGUUACCACUAAAUUUAGUGUCUUUGAGAAAGCUUAAAGACUCCAGCGGGUCUCUGUAAUCACCUUCGGUGUUAAUUUUGUUGCUUAAUUGAUUCAGUGCACUGGGAAGCCUAAGUUUUCCUGCAGAAAACUGCCUGAUGUUGAUAAGUCUCUGAUGUGGAAGUAAACCAGACUCAUCAUCACUCUGACACCAGUGCAGUGUGAAGAUCUAGCAUAACUUUCUUCCACUGAGUUGUGACACUCUGUUUAAUCUUCAAACUGGCGAUGUCAAGGGUGCCGAGUCCUCCUCCUCCGGCAGAAAUGUCGAGUGGACCCGUAGCAGAAAGCUGGUGCUACACUCAGAUUAAAGUGGUGAAGUUUUCCUACAUGUGGACCAUAAACAACUUCAGCUUCUGCCGAGAGGAGAUGGGUGAGGUAAUCAAAAGCUCAACCUUUUCAUCUGGAGCCAAUGAUAAACUCAAAUGGUGUUUACGUGUGAACCCUAAAGGCUUGGAUGAGGAGAGUAAAGAUUAUCUAUCCCUCUAUCUGUUGCUGGUGAGCUGUCCAAAAAGUGAAGUUCGAGCAAAGUUCAAAUUCUCCAUCUUGAAUGCUAAAGGAGAAGAAACAAAAGCAAUGGAGAGCCAGCGAGCGUAUCGAUUUGUACAAGGCAAGGACUGGGGAUUCAAAAAAUUUAUUAGAAGAGACUUUCUUCUAGAUGAAGCCAAUGGACUUCUUCCUGAUGACAAACUCACUCUAUUCUGUGAGGUGAGUGUGGUACAGGACUCUGUAAAUAUCUCUGGCCAGAACACUAUGAACAUGGUGAAGGUACCAGAGUGCCGCUUGGCAGACGAGCUGGGAGGACUCUGGGAGAACUCCCGCUUCACAGAUUGCUGCCUGUGUGUUGCAGGCCAGGAGUUCCAGGCUCACAAAGCCAUCCUAGCAGCACGUUCCCCAGUUUUCAGCGCCAUGUUUGAGCAUGAGAUGGAAGAGAGUAAAAAGAAUCGGGUUGAAAUCAAUGAUGUGGAACCUGAAGUUUUUAAGGAAAUGAUGUGCUUUAUUUACACGGGGAAGGCACCAAAUCUUGACAAAAUGGCUGAUGACUUGCUGGCAGCUGCUGACAAGUAUGCUCUGGAACGUCUGAAGGUGAUGUGUGAGGAUGCACUGUGCAGUAACCUGUCUGUGGAAAAUGCAGCUGAGAUCCUCAUUCUGGCUGACCUACAUAGUGCUGAUCAACUGAAAACUCAAGCGGUGGACUUCAUUAAUUAUCAUGCUUCUGAUGUCAUGGAGACAUCGGGCUGGAAGUCGAUGGUAGUAUCACAUCCUCACUUGGUGGCUGAGGCGUAUCGCUCUUUGGCCUCUGCACAGUGUCCCUUUCUGGGACCUCCACGUAAGCGACUGAAGCAAUCCUAAAGUCCCAUCUCUCGCAACACCACGUGUUUUUCUGGAAGCAGCAUCAGCUGUUGCUGCUCAAACCUUGACCACCAGGUAGACAGCGAAAUCUGUGGAGCUUAUACUCUGUUGUUGGGGGGAAGAGACUGCUUCGUGACACCCAGACUUUUUAAAACAGCACCAAGUAACUUGGGGAGAGGGGGGAGGGUGGGCCUGGGGCUCUGGGGCUGUUCAACCUAAUGAAUCCCUGUCGCUGCAUCGUCUGUGUGUUCCCUUCGACUUGGCUGAGUCAAUUAAGGGUUCGGUUUAGGUGCCGAUCCAUGUCAGAAUAAACCCAGUAGUGGUACUGGGGAAAACAACAUCUCUGCGUCUGGCAGCACAGAACAAACCGUCAGAUGCCUGGAGCAAGAGGACGUUUUAGUUUUGGAGAGAGCGUUGAGAGGUUAAAAAGAAUUUCCAGUGAGGUUCUGGAAAGGAAGUACCUGAUGGGAGCUCCAGUAGUAUUUAUAUCAAAAAAGAGAAUUUAAGUCCUUCCAGCUGAGCUAAAAACUGGACGUUUGUGUAACUCCUUAUUGCCAUCCAGCAACAAGAAGAUCAGUUUCUCUGUUAGUAGCACUUGUAUGUUAAUUGCAAAAAAAAAAAAAGAAAAAAAGAAAAAAAAAAACACCUUUUAUAAAAUGACAGGUUGAAGUGAAAGGGGACUGAGAGACUGUGCGUUCUGGAGGAUGUGAAUAGACUGAAGGCAGCCUUUGGCAAGUCUGUAUUGGUUUUGAAAGGACUAGAAUAUCCUUGAUUCGGAGUGUGCUGUCUGAUAAGAACAACGGUUACUGUUUUUAGAUAUUGUGGAAAAUGUUUUUUUUGGCAUUUUUCCCUGCUUUAUUUCCCUCCUCCCUCUUUUUUAAGAAAAAGGAGAAAUUUUAUUGUUCAUGAUAGCUGCGUCAGAAGUCCCUGUCCUGAGUUGCUAAAUGAUUCUUAACAACUGUUUGUACCUGACUUGCCGACUGUAUAGGAGCCAGUCCUAUUCCUUUCUAUUAGUCACUCUUCUUACAAGGAAGAAGUUUCAAAAUAGCUGUUAACUUUUUUUUUUUUUGGAAAAUAUAAAUAAUUACUAUUUUGUA